UUCGACAGAGCAGUUGCCACCAGAGCCGCAGCCGCCAUCAGAAUUCACAAAAUGGCGACAGGGCAUGACCUCGUCUGUCAGGAAGGUCAAAUCCCUCUUGAAGGCCUCGGCUGCACCUCUCGAGACUGGAACGGGCGACGGCUCCGUCCUUGUUGAGGCAAAAAAGCCCAACUUGACGAGGGAACUGAGUCAUGCCAUGCGCGACAUCAUCGGCCUCGAAAAGAAAACCCUCGAGGGCCUCAUCGAGACCUUCCAAGAUGGACUUCUCGGUAUUCCGAUGGACGACAAACACUACUUGAUGGAGUCAAUGGUCGCAGCUGCUUGCAAGACAGAAAACAGCAUGCAGAAGCAAAUCACGGAGUUGUUGGUCACCACCCUCUGGACCGACCUUGAGCACCCACCUCAGACAUUACUUGGCGAGGAUUACAAGUUUCGUCAGCCCGAUGGUAGCAAAAACAGCUAUCUACUCCCAAACAUGGGAAAAACUGGCAUGCCGUAUGCGAGAACUAUCGCGACUCAAAAGAUUCGACAGGCGGUACUGCCUGACCCUGGCGUUCUAUUCGAUUCGCUCAUGGCGCGGAGAAGCCCCAACGGAACCAAACACCCCAACCGUAUCUCAAGUAUGCUAUUCUACAUCGCAUCCAUCAUCAUUCAUGAUAUCUUCCGCACCGACCACGAAGACUUCAAUAAGUCAAACACCUCUUCGUAUCUCGAUCUGGCACCUCUGUACGGUAGUACUUGGACCGAGCAGAAGAACAUGCGGACCAUGGAAGACGGCAAGAUUCAUCCAGAUUGUUUUAGUGAAAGCCGUCUUUUGGCCUUUCCGCCAGGCGUCGGAGCCAUCCUAAUCAUGUUCAAUCGCUACCAUAACUACGUUGUCGAGCAGCUUGCGGCCAUCAACGAGGAUGGGAGAUUCACUGACACUGGUGCAAAGGUCGACCGUGGCUAUAACCACGAAAAGGCAGAAAUGAUCGACAAGCGCGACGAUGACUUGUUCCAGACCGCUCGUCUCAUCACGUGCGGCCUAUACAUCAACAUCAUUUUGAUCGAUUAUGUCCGCACAAUCCUGAACUUGAACAGAACCAAUGACAAUUGGCAACUAAACCCACGCAUACCCGUCAAAGGUGGGCCGCCAGUCGGCACGGGUAACCAAUGCUCGGCCGAGUUCAAUCUCGUGUAUCGUUGGCAUUCUGCAGUUUCUGAUAGGGAUGACAAGUGGACGCAACAGUUAUUCAAGGAGCUGCCCCUUCCGGACAGACUAAAGGAACCUGGCGUCGAUGUCUCUGCCCCUGAGAACAUUAGGGACUUCCUCAGGACGCUCGGGCAUAUGGAGGCGAAUAACAUGCGAACCGACCCGUGGAAUCGUCAGUGGCCCGCGCUUGCCUCGGAGAAGCUCACCCGUAAGACAGAGGGCCCAUAUAAGGGCUUCUACGAGGACGACGAGCUAGCCAAGAUCUUGACCGAAAGCAUUGAGGACUGUGCCAAUGCAAUGGGUCCUCAGCAAGUACCAACGAUCAUGAAGGCCAUCGAAGUCUUGGGUAUCCAGCAAGCGAGAACAUGGAAAUGUGCGACACUCAAUGAGAUGCGAAAGCGCUUCAAUCUCAAGCCUCAUGAGAAAUUUUCGGAUGUCACCUCGAACAAGGAGGUUGCAGAAGCGCUCAAGCAUCUUUACGAUACUCCAGACCAGAUCGAAAUGUAUCCGGGACUCGUCGUCGAGGAUGCAAAAGUGCCUAAACUGCCUGGCUCAGGUCUCUGCCCAUCUUUCACCACAUCUCGCGCAGUCCUCUCGGAUGCGGUUGCGCUCGUGCGCGGCGACCGCUUUUACACCUCCUCUUACACACCCGCCCUCCUUACGAACUGGGGAUAUCAAGAGGCCAGCUCCGAUCUGGAGAUCGAUAAUGGCUGUGUCUUAUACAAACUCUUCUUGCGGACGCUCCCACAAUCCUUCGAUCCAAUGUCAAUCUAUGUGCAUUAUCCGCUGACCAUUCCCGACGAGACGAAGACUAUUCUACAGCUUCUUGAGAAGGACCAUCUGUACAAUUUUGACAAACCAAAACCCAUUGCACAUCCUAAGGUCGUCUUUAGUUACGACGCUGCUGUGAAAAUCAUGAGUGACCAGGAUAACUUCCGCGUCACAUGGGGUACAGCUAUCGAAUAUUUGAUGGGUUCCGACGCGAAGGACUUCAUGCUUGCAGGCGAUGGUCCCGCCAACGCCAAAUCGAGACAAUUCAUGGAGAAGUUCCUGUACCAAGGCGGCUCGUCUCGAGGCAUGCCUGCAGGUAACGAGAAGUGGCUGAAGGCCGUCCGCGAAUUCUACGAGGACACCACCACGAAGCUUCUUAAGGAGAAAUCAUACAAACUCGCGGGCGUCAGCCAGGUCGACAUUAUCCGAGAUGUCGGCAACUUGGCACAUGUACAUUUCGGCGCAGAAAUGUGGAGCAUCCCUCUAAAGACGGAUGACUUCCCGGGUGGAAUCUUGAGGGAGGAUGACUUGUACAAAAUCAUGUCGGCAGUUUUCAUCUGCGUCUUCUUCGACCUCGAUCCCGCGAAAAGCUUUUUCCUGCGUACGAAAGCUCGGGAGGUCACCCAAGCUCUCGGAAUGCUACUGAAAACGCAGGUGACAUUGCUCAAGACCACUGGUUCAUUCGCAGAGAGCUUCAUUCACGCUUUCAAUCCGCAAACGGCUACGCUCAAGGAUUACGGCGCGCACAUGUUACUACAGAUGGUCAAAGCCGAACCCAACAUCGCCAAACUCGUUUGGGGUAAUAUCAUGGGUACUGCAGGAGGCAUGGUCGCGAACCAGGGUCAGCUGUUUGGCCAGGCGAUGGAUUACUUCUUCACCGAGGGCAAGGAGUACUUGCCCGAGAUCAACCGGCUUGCCAAGCUCGAUACACCCGAAGCCGACGACACUCUCAUGCACUACCUCAUGGAGGGCGCUCGCCUGCGAGGCGAGACAGGUGCCUUCCGCUGGGUCGAGAACGACAUCACAGUCGUCGAUAAGACCGCUCUUUUCGAGGUGACGCACCACUUCAAGAAAGGCGACAAAGUCAUGGUCAACUUCAAGGCCGCCGGCCGCGACCCGAAAUACUUCCCGAACCCGGACAAGCUCGACCUGACGCGCGACAUCGAGAGCUACCUCACGCUCGGCUAUGGACCGCACCAGUGCCUCGGCCUGCCCAUGACACGUGUCGCGCUGACCACGAUGUUGAAGGUCAUCGGCCGCCUUGAAAACCUCCGCCCGGCGCCCGUCUCCAUCGGCAAGGAGCGCACCACGAGCCAAGUCAAGAAGAUCGUCAAGGAGUUCGAGCCUGGCGAUUCGGCCACCUUGCCCGAGAGCUGGCACUACCAUAUCUACCUGACUGAGGAUUGGGAUGGGUUCUUCCCGUUCCCAACUGCUCUGAAAAUCAACUGGGACGGCGAUGUGCCAGACGUCAAGCGUCGAGCUGAAUGAUCACGGAGACAGAGAUGAUACCACCUCAGGAGUUUAAUUUUAUGCUUUUGUAGGAUUACGUUUCACAGGCGUUGGUAAUGUUUUGGGAUACCUAGGUACUGAUUGAAUAGUUGAACAAUUUCUAUGAUUUGAA